AAGCCCGUUACAGUAGCAGGUCCUUUCGAGCUUGCAAUUAAUCACUGAAAAGAUUUUGAACUGCGUAUAUCUUCAUAUAGGUGUUGACAGACGAGGGAACGGCGAGGAUUUGCAGGCUGUGCACGGUUAGAAGUCGGUCCUCACAGUUCUCUGGCAUACUUACCGCGCUGUUUGCAGUUAUCUAAGGGAAUCUCGGUUUCCAUCUGACCUUCCAGACAGCGUCCCCUUCCAAUCAGCCAGUCGCACCUGCGUACAGCGAACCACGCGCCACUUGCGUCGAGUCGUCUGCCGAGGUCACGUGACAGCACGCUGACUAUGGCGCUGACGCGAUUUGCGUUCGAAUGAGUGGCAGCGUCCGUGUGGAUUUACCUGUUGUGUUGGAGUACUUUUAUUUUGUGCUGCGAUUAUUGUUCGGUGGAUUAAAGGAACGGUACUCAUAGCAGACAGAAAUUAAAAACCUGUAAUGGAGUGGGAAAACGGCUGAGUGACCGGAAGCAUAAACCAUCUCUUUUAUAGCGAGAACAAUGGCAGGUCUGGUUCGGAAAUGUCCGUGUCUUCGCCCCAAAAUUGAAGAGGAUGUGCGCGUGUUGGAUUAUCGCCACAGCAGCCUGACAGAUGUCCCCGGGGAAGUCUUCAACUUCGAGCGCACACUUGAGGAGCUUUACACAGACUCCAAUCAGAUUCGCGACUUACCCAGGGAAUUGUUUUACUGUCACGGAUUACGGAAGUUGAGCAUCAGCGACAAUGAAAUUACUAGUAUUCCCCCAGCUAUCGCCAGUCUUGAUCAUCUAGAGGAGCUUGACUUCAGCAAGAAUGGAAUCAUCGAUGUGCCAGAUAACAUCAAAUGCUGUAAAUAUCUGCAUGUCAUCGACGCCAGCGUAAAUCCUCUUGGGAAGUUACCCGAGGGCUUUACCCAGCUGCAAAAUUUAACCCAUCUUUACCUUAACGACACCUUUCUUGAUUACCUACCUGGAAGUUUUGGAAGGCUGGUGAAACUGAGAAUUUUAGAAAUCCGUGAAAACCAUUUGAAAACAUUGCCCAAGUCCUUCGGCAGGCUAACGGAACUUGAGCGUCUUGACAUUGGAAACAAUGAAUUUACUGACCUGCCGGAUAUAAUAGGAAGCUUGACAAACCUCCUGGAGCUAUGGUGUGAUAACAAUCAAAUCCUCAGGAUUACACAUAUGAUUGGAGCAUUAAAGCAGCUGAUGUUCUUGGAUGCCUCAAAUAAUGAUUUGGAAGCUUUGCCAGGAGAGAUUGAAGGCUGCACAUCUUUGGCUGAUCUUCAUCUCAGUGGUAACCUACUUCGCAGCCUGCCAGAUUCUUUAGGCAACUUGAGCAGCUUGACAACUUUGAAGGUAGAUGACAAUGAACUAACAUCACUACCCAAGACACUUGGCGGGUUGUCAUCUUUGUCAGAAUUGAAUAUCAGCAUGAAUGACCUUGAGGAGCUUCCAGCCAGCAUUGGAUUACUACGAAAUUUGCGCACUUUCUAUGCUGAUGAGAACCUUUUGACAUUUGUGCCAGCAGAGUUGGGAAGUUGCAGUGGAAUUACAGUACUUUCUCUUAGGAAGAACAAGCUGACAUACAUCCCAGAUGAACUAGGACGUAUUCCAAGGCUUCGUGUUUUGAACCUAAGUGAUAACUACCUGUCAUACUUGCCAUUUACCAUUGUAAAACUGAAAGAGCUUCAAGCUCUAUGGCUUACUGAAAACCAGACCAGACCUCUAAUUCCUCUUCAGUCUGACUAUGAGCCAGAGACAGGACGAAAGAUACUUACAUGUUAUCUUCUUCCACAGGGUGGUUCUGAAAAUGAUGAUAAUGAAGGUGAUGGUGACAGUGACAGUUUUCAUGCCUCAAUAUGGGAUGAAGAACGACUUAGAAGACAGCAGAUUCACUUCAAUUUUUCAGAUGACCCUGAAGAAGAGGGUCACCUGGUACGUUGUCCCACCCCAUACCCUAAAGAGAUGAGGGAGAAGGCUCGACACAUGCGGAACUUGGCAAUGCGACAGACAUUAGGCAGCAACUCAGAACCUACUGGCUGGACUCCAGAAGGCAGUAGUAGCCAUAGUUUCCAGGAUCAGAAGGACAGCAGUAACUUUAUGUAUGGGUCAGGAGAGGUACGGGUACGUGAAGCUAGGAUAGCAAAGCCGCAGUCCCCUUCCUUGCAGGAGACCCAUCGCUUAUAUCGUUACGACAAGGAAAAAUUGUUGAAAGACAAGGCACGAAUGCAGCAUCGUCACUCCAUGCCUGACAUUCCAGACAAUGUGGCUACUGCGAUAGCCUCUUCUGGCAAGCGAGGGGCUGUAGGCUUGGAAGAGCCAGAAGCAGGACCUCUUGUCAGACGAAAGUCCACACCAAAUUUACUAUCAGCUGAGGGAGAGAGAACAGAGGGUGAACAAAGGAUUCCAGCACUUACUUAUGAAGACCUCUACAAAAAACCUCUGCUUCAGCAACAUCAGCAUCAUCGAGGGUCAUCCGGAAGACGAUCCCGACGGAUGAGGGAAUAUGAUUCAGAUACAGGAUACAGAAGUGAACAGGAAAUGUUCAGAUUUAACAGACAGGUCGUGGAUGAUAGCAGAGUUGAUGGUAGGGAGUUCCAUCUGACAACAUGUGUGAGGUCGCAACCCACCAUGCCAAGGACACACCACAGAAGUCAUGGGCGAGAAGGUGGUUAUGCCAGUGACCUGGAGGCAUAUGCUAGCAGGGGAAGAGGCAGUGCAAGAAGAGGCAAUGCUCCUUCCCCCAUGCUUAGACCUCCCGUCAUUCAGCAGUAUCAUUCUCAGAGUGUGCCUCAGGACCUCAACACACGAUUAACUUUUACAAACACAGAGAACUUGUUUCAUUUUCCCUCUCAGUCACGACGACCUUCACAUGAUAUGUCCAACAGUCCAACUCCAAGCAGCCGUCCAAGCACUGCAAUGUACAUGUCUCAUCACCAACAACAGCAGUCACAGUAUCACCAGCAGCAACCUCCACCUUCACCAAGCCAGUUUGAUGGUGGCAGCAUGUUAGAUCAAAGUACACCAAUCACCAUCCAGGCCCCACAGAGCUUUUUGUCAGCAUCUGCAGGGUCAGGUCUUUACCCUCAAGCUACUGGUCAAAAGGAACAAGAUCUGCACAGGGAGCUGUACACAGUGCUAGAAGAGCAAACAAAAUCAAAAGAACCUUCUCCUCAACAUAUCACGCCCAGUCCAUCUCUUGAGACCUUGCACAAGAAUAGUCUGGAAAGACCACCACCACCAUACCAGCCAGCACCACCAUACCACAUGACACCAAGAAAGAAAAGUGUAACAAGUAGCAGAGUCAGUGAAAGUGAUGCAAGCGCUGGAUCUUCAAAAGAAGGAGGCGGUGGUAGUGGCAGUGAAGUGAGCUACCAGAGCAGCUCAUAUUCUAAUCCAGAAUAUACCACCAUCCAAUUUGUUGAUCAGCCAAGGCAGGAAGAUAAGGGAGUGAGGAAGAACUAUGAUGCAUUGUCUCUUGGGCAAAGAGCUCCAGAACAUUCAUAUACUGGCCAACAGCGGAGAAGUUCAGACAUUUACUGUAGUGGUAUAAGGAACUCACCUGUACCCAGAACUCAAAGAGAACGGGCUAAUUCUGAUGUUUAUGCAUUAGGAAGGUUUUCUGACCUUCAGUAUUCUCUUUCUUCUCACAAACAUUCUGAAAAUCCAUCACAGGCUAGUGGAGGAGGCCACUUUGUUGACCAAAAUCCUCAACCCACAGUGUUUUCUGAUAAGGUGAUGGAUAGAUCAAGGGACUCUCUUACACCAGUCAGUAGUCAGUAUGGAAAGUUUGAUCCUAACAAUGCAAGACAGUCACCACAUCAGGUCGACCCUCAAAAACCAAGAGAAAGAUCAAAUUCUAGGGUCACUAUUCCUGGUGGAAAGACCAGCAACAUUGCCUUGACUUCUCAGACUGCAUUUGAGGCUUACCCAAACCCAUAUGGGGAACCAAUGGAAGCUGGGGAUCCUCUAAUGAUGCGCUUUGAAGAUGUGGCUAUUUUCAAAAACAUGCAAGAACCAUCGUCACAGGUGUCUAGCUCAACAGACAGUGGUUAUGGCCAUAGUCAUCAUAUCUAUGAGCAUAUUGGUGAUUUUCAGCACAGACAUUCAGGCUCGCCGCAUUCAUCAACACCUCCAUCUCAUCGAAAUACACCAGUCCGCCGGAACAGUUCCUCACAAGGCACUUCUUCAAGGGAGACCACACCUGUGAAAGAGGAAGGCUUUUACUCUGUUCAGGGUCACACAUUGUCUGAGACAACAUGUCAGGAAUCUAGAGAAGUGUUCCGUGCUGUCAUUCAGAAGAAUCCAGGCCUGGGUUUUAGCAUCGCAGGAGGUCAUGGCUCUCGAGGAAACCCUUUCAGGGAAGGUGAUAUGGGUAUCUUUGUGACUAAAGUCCAGCCUGAGGGUCCAGCUGCCUCAGUGAUUCAACCAGGAGAUAAAAUCCUUAAGGUUAAUCACAUUGAUUUUCGCAACAUAGACCACAGUCAGGCAGUAAAUGUGAUGAAAACAUCCGUCACUGUGGAACUUCUGGUGGAGAGGAUUCAGAAAAUUAAUCUUGUUUGACAUCUUUCAUUGACUAUAGUGGAAGAUAUGAAUAGGCAGCUGCUGUAUGGCUUGAUUUGCUGUUCUGUUAAAUGAAACUUUGGAUUCCCAGUGACUUCAUAUUGUGAAUGAUUUUUUGUGGUAAAUUUGUACUUUGAAGAAAUUAGUGUUAGUAUGAAGUUCUAUGAAGGAUUUAUUUUUAUGUACCUGAUCUCCGUUGAUGGUGAUGUUUGUGAGUCUGAGAAAUGGAGAUUUUUGAAAGUGCACACAUUAUCAACUCAUUUGCCAAGACACACAGUAAAUGAGGCUGAAAAUACUGGUACCUUACUUCAUUAUUUCACUUUGCUAAAGAAGGCAGCUGUUGGUAAUUAGCACACCAGGUGGAUCACUGCCGAAUGGUAUUCAUGUAUUAUAUAAUUUACUGUUUUAUGUUUCAUGAUUCUGAAGUCAUUAUACACUUGUUUUAGAUUAGUUCACUGUGGAGUUUCAUGAAGAAUAGGGUCCACAAUUUGUGUGCAUGAAUAACUUGUAUGUAACAUGUCAAUCAUAUCCGAGUGUAAAUGGUAUUUAAGAGAUCAUCAUAGUGACAGAAUGGCAGAUCCUUUGGCCUCAGGCUGUUUAUUAAGUUGUACAGUCACUGGUUUUAUUUAUAGACUGACUUGCCUGUAUAUAUGUUUGUGCGAAUUUGUCCCGUCCAUAAAAACAUAUGCAAUGUUAUUUAAAUGUCCUGUCAGUUAUUUUUAUGACCAGCUGUUCAUCUCUGGUAGUUAAAUGUUGUAUAUUGUUAUUACAAAAAAAGUCUGCAGUUGACCAAAAUACUUUUUGCAUUAGUUAUCUGUAUAUAAAAAUAUUUCAUUGUAAUAUUUUCAUAUUAUUGGGCUUAUGGAUUGCCAGACUUAAAUACUGCUGUGAUACUUGAUGAGUUACUGUCAUUCACAAUAGUUAUUUAGGCAAUAGAUAUGAAUAACAGUAUCCUGAAGAUGUGCAAGCAUGUAUGCAUGUGUUUGCGUGAAUAUGAAUAUUUAAAAACAAAUUGCUGCUUUAAAGUUCAUACACAACAUUAUUAUGCAUCUCCAGAAAUUCUCUCUGCUGCAGACUCUGCAUCUACGUAUGUGUACAUACAUGCGUAAAUGCACUUAAAUCACUUUGAAGGCCCAUAAAAAGGAAGGGUUUAAAGGUGUCAAGAGUUUGAUCUAGUCUGUAAGGGUCAAACAUCAAUCAUGGGUAUCCAGUGUCCUAACCUGGGGUGACAAGUAUCAAAUACCCAGCAUCCACACCUGGCCAUCUGAACAUUUUGGAUGAAUUUAAAGUCUUUUAGGGUGAAGCUGAACCCUGAUGCAGACAGAACAUUUGUGACUCACAUUCUGUGGCUGUUUCCUCAAGUCAGAAGAGGAUAGCUUUUUAACUUAUGAUGGAGAAAGUGCACAUUAUUGAUCAUCAAGAAUACUUGAAAAUAUAACAAAUGAAAUGCAACUCAAUAAAUGGCUUCAGAAUAUUAUUCUCGCUCAUUUUACCAUCCUCCAUGAUUUAAUUUUGUGUAUGUGCAUAUGUGUGCAUGCUCCAUGUAUGCAUGGACAUAUAUCAUUUGUAUAUAAAUAUAUCAUCAUAUGCAAAAUUUUUCAAAAAGAAAAAGAAAAUCUACUGCAGCAUACACAGUACAUUUAUAAGCUUUUAAAGUACUGUUAAUUCAAAAUCUGAUUUUUUUAAUUACUGCAGAUUUAGAGUAAAUGGGGGGUAAUAUAUGAUACCUAAAAAAAUAAAACUGAAAUGUAGGUUGAAUGCCUGACUCUUAAACUGCACAAGAAGGCAAUGGUGUUCAUAAAUGGACACUUUUUAAAUUAAAUGUAAUAAGUGUUAAAUAACUGAAAAUGUCUGGACAGUCUUGGCACCGUAUCUGUUGCUUGUUUCUUUGUUCCUACAUUUGCUGCAUAGACUACAAAGUGUUGAAACACAAGUUUUCAGUAUGGACAGAAAAGUGUAAUUUUCAUGAUUUUUUUGGGUAAAAAUGCGUUACAGGCUUUCUUGUUUGCACCAAAACAGCUAUAAAAGAUAUAGAUCUCUAUUUCAGGCAUUAUAAAAUUUACUCUGCAAGUCCUACAUGGUUACAAGAUUGUGUAUAUACUGUUCUCCAAAAUGGCAGUUGUAUAAUUAUUACAUUUGUAUGUUCACAUCGUGUAAGCGCAUGGAUGUAUAUUAGAUGGCCCCUAUAUAUGGUGAUUUUACAUUGAUGUCUGUGGAAGAUACAAGUGCAUCACAUUCUCUUAGUAUAUGUGCAACACACUUCUUCAAUAUUAUCAAUAUUUUUACCUUGAAAUUUAAAAAAAUGGUUUAGCUUUAUUGUUCAAAAGCAUGGGUGGGAGAUCAGAAAUGUAUUGUAUUUUUAAAACAUUUUUACAUAUUAAACAACUUACAAAGAGACUGCAAAAGAAAAUGUUGAAUAAAGCUGGAAGAACAUUCAUGCUGCUGCUUAUUGUAGGCUGAUCUGUAAGCAUCAAUUUUGGAUAUUUUUCAAUGCCAUCCAAAUCAUCUUCAUGUAUGUGUAGGAAUAUCAUGAAGUUGUCACAUGAUUGACAUUUCUUUUUGACAAGACUAAGUCCACUCAAACUUUGCCACAUGCCAUACGUUUCUGAUUUGGGGCUAAAAUUUGAGCUUUAUGUUGAUAGAUGUGUACAUUGCAUGCAUUUUUCAAGGUGGACAUUACAGAUAAAUGGCAAGUCUUUAUUUCUUUCAAAGUGUUGAGCAUUUUUCUGUAUUAGUAUACAGUCUCAGAGUUUCAUGAAAUUGAUGAAUUGAGUUCGUUAUUUCUAGGUUUUUAAAAAUUUUUAGUUAAUUUUUUGGCACAGCAUAAAACCCAAACAUUACCUUUUAGUCAUAUCUGCACUUGGCUCUGUGGAAAAACAACUAUGCCCAUGUGCAACAGAGAAAGGUGCAUUAGAUGCAUUCAGACCCUACAAAGCAUUCCUUCAUUUAUUCCAACAAAAAAUAUGGCAGAAUUAUUAUUUUGCACCUGAAAGACCUACCUGUUCAUACAAUCAAAACUGCUCAAUAGUAUGCAAUGGCAAGGUUAGUGUUAUUAUCACAGUAGGUUGUACAUACUGAAUUGGCAUCUCAUUUUGUUAAAAUGUUACACAAUUUGAAAAAAAUUCACUUGCGCCAUGUCAUUGAUUCUAUGUUGAUUUUCAAGAAUAAAACUGAAUUAAUUUUAUGAUUAAAGUGUGUUUGACUGAU